GUGAGACUGUGCAGAUCAUCGCGGGCCACGUGGACACGUAUCAUGGCGGAUCUGUCCGCGUUUCCACCGUCGAGGGCAAGGGCCGGGUUCUGUUGGCAGCGACAGACUUUGAGCCAGGAGAGCGCAUUCUCCUGGAGUAUCCCCUCAUCGAGGCAUUGGCCGACUCGGAGGCAUUGGCCUUCCGGGAGCUUCAGAGGCUGAAGCAGGACGGACAACUGGAGUUCGCGGUCAUCUUCUACUGGGCAGCGCUGUGCUCGCUGACGGCGCCUCAGGUGGCUGAAGCCCUUUCACCCUGGCGGGCCGUGCCAGCAGAGACACAGGUUCAAGCUCUCGAGCUGCACCGCCCGGCGUGCCCGGUGUCGCCCAGCCUGGACGGUUGCAAUCGAACGGGCGGGGUGGCGCCACGGGUUUCGUUUGUCCGUCUUCCCAUGGAGUGGCUCGCCGCGCGCCGGGCCGUGGUGGUGCCUGGCGCCAUGAAAGGCGGGACUUGCUCGCUGCGGGCGCAGCUGCAGGCUGCGCUGCCGCACCUGUCGCUGCCCACGCAGGUCUGCGGGGUGGGCAUGGAGAGGCGCUCGAAGGCCAAUGGCCCCCGGCUGCGCUGUGAGAGCGAUGCGCCGGUGGUGGUGGUGGGGGGCGGCGUCAUGGGGCUUUCCACUGCCUGGAGCCUGGCGCGGAGUGGCAUGAAGGUGGUACUCUUUGACGGUGGCCAUUCAGAGAAGGGCAGCUGGGGAGAGUCGCGCAUUGCGCGGGUGAGCUACAAGGACGAGGUGCUGUUGAAGUUGGCGCGGCGUUCCUAUGAGCUCUACGCGGAGCUUGGGAAGCAGCACGCGGAGCCACUGAUGUGCAAGACGGGCUGCCUAGACGUGGGCUUCCAGCGCGGCAGCCUGGACGACUUGGCCAACACCUACCAGAAGCUGGGCCAAAAGUACGAGCGCCUGAACCACGCCGAGGUUCAAAAGCGCUGGCCAAUGCUGCAGCUCUCCAAGGACUAUGUCGAGGCCUCGGUGUACUGCGAGCGGGGGGAUGCCGUGUGCGCCAGCGUGGUGCUGGAGGCGCUGAAGGAGCAGGUCCAGAAGAGCGCGCACUAUGUGGAGGAGCCGGUGGUGCGCAUUGACCGGGACAGGAAGAUGGUCACCACGGCAGAUGGGAAGACCCAGGCCUACUCCAAGGUGGUGGUGGCGGCGGGGAUUUGGACCAACAAGGUGCUGCAGGCCAUGGACCUGCCGCUUCUGCCGCUGGUCACCUCUGUGGAGCAGCAGACCUACUACAACACUCCCACAGGCUCGGAGCAGCUGUACAGCGACCGCCAGCUGCCGGUGGUGGUGGAGCACAUCGCAUCACCGGAGCCUCAGAUGAAGCGCCGCGGGGGCUACAUGAUCCCGCACCUGCCCCAUGGUGUGGCCGCGGUGAAGUUCGGCAUGCAUCGCCAGGGCCCUCUCCUGGACCACGAGGACUUCCCUCUGGUGCCGGGCAGCGCGGCGAAAGUCUCCCAGCACUUCUCCUGCGCGGCCACGCGGGCGCGCGGAGAGGUGUGGUGCACCAGGUGGCCGGAGCAUGAGGACGCCCAUCUGCGCGCGGAGACGGACGCCUUUCGGCGGAGGAUCCUGCCGAGUUUGACGGAGGAGGUGGAGCUGACGAUGCGCUGCCCCUACGACCAGCACCUCUUUGCGGACGAGGACUUUGUGGUGGGGAGACAUCCUUUGGACCCGGAUGUGGUCAUGGUGUCCGGCUUCGCGGGCGAGGGCUUCAAGUUCGGCCCUGCGGUGGGGGAGAUGGCCGCGAGCCUGGUGCGAGGCGCGCGCUUCCCGGUGCCGGAGGCCGUUUGGCGCUUCCGGCUCGAGCGCCCGCAGCUGUGA